UGAUGUUGAGUAGUUACUAGGCACCGCUCAUCACGCUCAGCUGUGGAUUAAUCCUCUAAAGAAGAUUUUGUUUGUAAUGUAUGUUUACAGUUAAUGUAAUCGUUUUCUCAACGGAGCACGCCUUCUCUGCCGAAUUAAAUGCAACUAUAAUGUGAAACGCUGUUUAUCGUGUGACCCUCCGUCAGGUUCAGUGUGUCACAGAAGUCUGCUAUGUUCAACCCCAGUGAAUUAGAAGGUGAAGUGGAUCAUUCAUUUUUCGAUAGUGGCUGUGAUGAUAACGGCAUCAGCAGAGAUGGAGUUGAAAAGAACAAUGAUAUGGAGAACCCUUCACCACACGAGAGGCUUCAUGCAGAACAGACUGAAAAAACAAAAGUUGGUUUGUCCCUGAGGACUAAUGAAACAACAAUCCACCUGGAUCAAAUGGUACACGAGGAGGAUGUGUACAGUCAGAGUCUUAGUGAAACUGAAGAAGCAUUGCCUCCCAAUUUCAAGCACUCAGGCUCGAAAAGUAGAAAUAAACAAUCUCCUAAAAAACUGACAAGAAACCAACACACUCGAAGUCCAUCUCCUUCUUCAACUGAAACCAGUGUGGAUGCAGACUCAGAAAGCUCCUGUAGUAGUAAGCAUGGAAGAAGCAGUUUAGGUUCCUCCAGCCCUCCCAAACCCAACAAGUCUUCUUUAUCCCCUGGAGACAGAAGGACCAGUGUGGGCUCAGCAGGAUCUUGCGAUUUGCCUUCCAGCUGUACAGAGGAGUCAGAUGAUACAGCAACUGAUGUAAGCCCCCUUUCCUCUCCAGACAUCAGCCCUCUCCAGUCACUGGACCUGGAGCACACAGAGGGAAGCCAAGAAGCACAGCAGCAGAAAAGUGUGCCCUCCAGUGGCCUUAGCAACAUACAUCAAGAUGAGGACUCGGACCAGGAUGUGAAUGAGAGCUCUCUCAGUUCAGAGAGACAACUUGGACGUAGACUGAUUCUCCACUGUCCUGGUGGGAGGAACAUUAAGAACUACUCAUUCACCAACGAUGAUGUGCAGCGCAUAGAUCGCGAGAACCAGCGACUUCUUCAUGAGCUCUCACGCCUUUCUCCUGGGCCCAGCCUAGGAAGUGCAGCGAGGAAGAAAACCAAUAUGGCCAAUAACUCGCCUCUUGUUCGCCUCUCUCACAGUGCACUCAACAGGCAGCGAGAACAGCAACGCAUCGAGAGGGAGAACCUGGCUUUCCUGAAGAGGCUGGAGUCUGUCAAACCUACACCUGGCCUGAGGCGCUCAGAACAACUGGCAGACUACCACCGCCAUGCUGGAUACUUGGGAGGUCCUUCAUACCCCUUGUGUAGUAGGUCCACCUCAAAGAAAGAGAGGCCUACCAGCAGGACAGUCUCAGGUGCCAGUUCUGCCCACCUCAGUUCCAGCGCAGUUUCUACCACCACUGACUCCAGCAGCACACCUGUAGCCAGGUCAAAAAACUGAGCACAGCCUGACCAACCUGGUUCUGAGAACACUGCUGUUUUCAGACCUCUAAUCUAAGAAGAAGUAUACCGCUGGUUCCUUUUAGUUCUAUCUGUUGGUAUCUAUUCAUCACUAUUGUAAUGCAGUCAAACAGUCCAACUGUAGCUUCUGAAUACUGCAGUAUCUAUAAAACACUGCCUGCUGUAUGUUUGUAGAAAAUAUUGGCCUUAAUUCAGCAAUUGUAUUGAAAUUUUGAGAAUAACAAACCAUUACUAUUAUGAGCAAUAUUUCAGUUAAGUCUUUAAAUUGCUCUAUUUGCCUCCCCUCACAUUAGUACAUUUUGCACUAAAGAAUUGUUUUUAAACAUUUAAGAAGGUAUUUUAAAGCAUAUUUGGAUGUUGUCUAUAUUAAGUUUUAUAUAAAAUAAAGCUGCUUGUUCCACUAGUUAGCAUUGUGCUAUUUGACAACUUCAAACAGAAGAAUCUAAACUCAUCUCUUAUAAAACAUAUUAGUCACCACUGUGUACUAAUUGGGCUCAUUCCACAAACAAGAGGAUUCUUUAAUAGUUUUUUUUAAAGCUAUGAUAUUGUAUACUUAACUAUUCAGUGUAGUUUUCUGGUACUUGUGAUUAAAUUAUAAUAAACCAAAA